AUGGCAAAUGAGGAAAUCUCUAACAUUGAACUCAUAGUAAGGCAAGGAGAACCAACUCGAGUUCUGCCUGCAGAGGAAACAGAAAAGGGACUCUAUUUCCUUUCAAACCUUGACCAGAAUAUUGCAGUUCCAGUUCGCACAGUUUAUUGCUUUAAAUCCACUUCAAGAGGAAAUGAGGAUGCUGCACAAGUUAUCAAGGAUGCAUUGUCAAAGAUUCUUGUUCCUUAUUACCCUAUGGCAGGAAGGUUGACUAUCAGCUCAGAAGGGAAGUUGAUCGUGGAUUACACAGGGGAGGGUGCAGUGUUUGUUGAGGCUGAAGCAAAUUGUAACAUAGAAGACAUAGGGGACUUAACAAAGCCAGACCCUGAGACUCUUGGAAAAUUGGUUUAUAACAUCCCUGGUGCUCAGAACAUACUUGACAUGCCUCUUAUUGCAGUUCAGGUGACAAAGUUCAAAUGUGGAGGAUUCACUUUGGGGCUAAACAUGAACCAUUGUAUGAAAGAUGGACUAUGUGCCAUGGAAUUUGUGAAUGCAUGGAGUGAGACAUCCCGGGGUUUGGACUUAAAGAUUCCACCAUUUCUUGAUCGAACCAUACUCAAAGCACGUAACCCUCCCAAGAUAGAGUUCCAACACAAUGAAUUUGUUGAGAUUGAAGAUGUAUCAGGUACUAAAAAACUUUAUGAAGAAGAAAAGAUGCUCUACAGAUCCUUCUGUUUUGAUCCUAAGAAGCUUGAGCUGCUAAGGAAAAAGGCCACUGAAGAUGGGGUUUUGGAAAAGUGUUCAACUUUUGAAGCCCUCUCAGCUUUUGUAUGGAGAGCUAGAACAGCAGCAUUAAGGAUGCAUCCUGAUCAAAAAACAAAGCUACUCUUUGCAGUUGAUGGAAGGUCUAGAUUUGUGCCUCCAAUACCUGAGGGUUACUUUGGCAAUGCUAUUUUGCUAACAAAUUCACUAUGUAAGGCAAGUGAGUUAUUGAAGAAUCCUCUGUCAUUUGCAGUGGGAUUGAUUCACAAGGCAAUUGAAAUGGUCACAGAUAGUUAUAUGAGAUCUGCUAUUGACUAUUUUGAAGUCACAAGAGCUAGACCUUCCCUAACAGCUACCCUUUUGAUCACAACUUGGACUAAGUUAUCUUUCCAUACUACAGAUUUUGGUUGGGGAGAACCUUUGUGUUGUGGCCCUGUGACCUUGCCUGAGAAAGAGGUCAUUUUGUUCUUAUCACAUGGUCAAGACAGGAAAAACAUAAAUGUGCUCCUGGGUUUGCCUGCUUCUGCCAUGGAAAUUUUUGAAGCAUUGAUGAUGAAGGUAUGAAAAUGUAGCAUGGGUUGGCACUGCAAGAAUGUUAAUUGGCAAUAUUGGUCGGGUGAAAAAGACAUCCUUUAUAAAUAAAUCUUACUAUGCCAUUGGAGUCUACAUAUAUUGGUGAUAAAGACAUUUAAAAUAAUUCCGUGUGUCAUGGAAAGCUAUGUGAAGCGGUAUUUCCCAUACUAGUGUUUAGGCUUGGUUUUCUUUAUAUUAUAUUCUUAGCUACUGAUU